GUAUAAACUGUUAACUGUUAUCAAUUUCAGAUAUUUCUUGAAUGCAAUUUUAGAUCGUGUGUCAUAGUUUUUUUUCCAAAAUGAAAUUCUGUUCAAUGAUAUUGUUUUCCUUUUUAUUGCACUCGUGUCAAUUAAGUGCAGGCUUUUCUCCCCUGUCUGUUCUUGCUGAUUUUUUUUCCUCCAGUUAUGAAAAGUUGAGGUGUCCUUUCAAUGACUGCUGCAAUGAUUACUGGAUACCCAACAACAUCACAAAACUGCAAUUAAUGAUAACAAAUGAAGUCUUUGGCCAGCAUAUUGCUACAGAGAUUGUAGCAAGACAGAUCAUGGCUCACUUGGAAAACCCCAAUCCGUCAAAGCCUCUAGUGAUGAGUUUCCAUGGAUGGACAGGGAAUGGCAAGAACCAUGUUGCUUAUUUGAUAGCAAAGAGCCGUUACAAGGAGGAAACUAAGAGCCAGUUCUAUCACCAUUUCAUGGCCACAGUACACUUUCCUCAUCAGGAACAUGCACAAUUAUAUCAGGAUCAAAUCAGAUCAUGGGUGAAGGGAAAUGUUAGUUAUUGCCCUCAUUCGCUUUUCGUUUUUGAUGAAGUUGACAAGAUGCCUUCAGGAGUGCUGGAUGGCAUCAGAGCUUAUUUGGAUUAUAUUGAUAUUGUAGACGGUGUUGACUACAGGAAAUCCAUUUUUAUUUUCCUGAGCAAUACUGGGGGUAAAGAAAUCACCAAAAGAGUCCACGACGUCUGGUUGACUGGAAAUGUGAAACGGGAAGAAUUGACAGUCAAAGACUUUGAGAGACUCGUAGAGAUGGGAGCUUUCAAUGAACAAGGUGGAUUUCAUCAAAGCCACCUGAUUCAAAAGAGUCUGAUUGACGUCUAUGUUCCAUUCUUACCAAUGGAAAAAUCACACGUCCGUCUCUGCGCGGAAAACGAGUUUAAAAGGCAAAAUUAUGUUCCUAAAAAUAAAGAAGCAGCUUUACAGAAAAUUGUGGACGGACUUCAUUACUACCCCGAAGGUAAAGAAAUCUACUCGACGACGGGCUGUAAAAGAGUGGCCCAAAAAGUGAGUCUGUACAUAGCCGACGAACGAUACACUAAACGUUCAAGUAAAAAGCAUCGCACGGAACUUUAACCUAAUUGUAUUAAUGACCCACUGAAACCAACAUUUCAGCUUAUUGUGACUGAUGUGCUGUUUCAUUCAACGAAAUUGAAACUGUGAUAAAUUAUGCAUUGCAGUAGAUUUUGGCCAUCGUUUUUGUAGAUGGUCUGAAUCGUUAAGUUUUUUAAAAAUGCAAAAUUAAGUAAACUUGUCUUGUCUCCGAG